GUCACAUUCUCAAAAACCGUUUGGUUUAUUGUGUUUAUUUAGGGUGGAUGUGCCCCGGCUGCCAUCGACCCUCAAAAUGACCAAAUUACAGUUUUUAAAUGUAUUUUUGACCGAACGUUUGAUGUUAGCCGCCCAAGAGAUAUAUAAGCAAGUGGAAGAGACAAUAUUAGAAUACCAAGAAGAAAUCAUCCAGGGAAAGAGAGAGAAUGAUCAAUUGAGACGCAAGUUUGGGAUUCCAUGGCCAGACCGAGAGCCCUUUGCUCCUGUAGAAUCUGAGGAGGAGGGAGGCAUUGGGCAAAAGCAGGAACCAGAGCCAAGGCAGACUAUGGAGAAACAGGAGGGAAGGACCAGGAAGGAGGAAAAUCAGUUUAGAGGACCGGACUCUCAGUCUAUAUUCACUCCUUCCAAUGGAAAUGAUGACUAUGAUCAGAACCCACCUCAACACACCUCACUCAGUCAGUUCCAAACUCUCACCGGGGAGAGUAGAGAGGGAGGCUCUCUGUCCAGCUCAUCAACAUCCAAACCAAUCAAAACAGAGACUGAAGGACUGGGUGUUUGUCCAUUUGAUCCGUCAAGUGACCCCAAUACAUUCUCUUCGUCAGUGAACCUUGACCUUUCGGCAGCACAUAGUGAGAACAGUUGGUGUAGGGUUGGAUGAUUGUCGUCCCUCAACAUUCGAUGUCAAGAAGAUGUUAGAAGGUGAAAAGUUGGGUGAAUGAGCGAAGCUGGUGAUUCAACGGAAAGAAGCAACCCUCCAAAGUGGGAGAGCUUCAUAACGGCUGAAAAUCAGCUAAGUCGGAUGACUUAAAAUAUUAAUUUAGUCGAGCUCAGUAUGUAGAACUCUAGAACUUUGUAGAACAAUAGAACAUAGAAUCUAUCCUGGGGACAGGAUGUUGUCAACAAACAACUACUCUGGUCUCGUACCCCCUCAACUGCCUGAAUUAUGUGAUGUUCUAGAAUGAAAAACCAUUGGUAACAACUAUAAUAAACAUGAAAGAGUGCAUGUUUAUCCUUUCUUCCUAUGUGGGUUCCAGGACUAUGAAAACACGGAUGACUUCUGGUGCUGUGCGGUGUGGAGGGAAGGCCAGGAGGAGGUGGAGGGUGUGGUUCCCAGUACCUGGGUGGUGGGAAGGAAGGUUCUGUGGCCUCCAGCCAAUGGGAGGAAGGCUAUGAAAGAGAGACACAAGCCAGGAGCCAAUUGGACGACAUAUGACCUUGUUAAGGUCAAACUAUUCUCAGAAUCUCUGGAAGAGUGUGAAGGCUACAGUAGGUCCAGUGAUGAGCUCACUGACAACGGAGACAGUGAGCCCAACACACAAAAGAAGAAGAGGAGGAGGAGGAAGAGGAGGACGGGUGAGGGGCACGUUACCGGCACUGAUCAGAUACCUCAAGGAGGACCCAGUGGAGAUGGAAGGAUACACACAGGUGUGUCAGGAUCCUCAAACUCUCCUCCUCUGAAGAGGAGAGUGAUGACGAAAUCUGGAACCCUGGAGGAGAGUUCUGGAGCUCUAGAAGCAGAACCUCAGCUGGAUCCGUCUGAGCUCAGAGGCCUUGAUGACGCACUCAACAAGGAGAGCUACCUCAUAGAGGGACCACACUCUUCUGACGCAUGGGAUUCUGUUUUUCCAACCUCUCAGUCCAGAGAGGGAACAUUCCUAAGUGGACAGGAUAUGAUGGGAAACCUGCUGAAUUCAACCCAAAGUUUUCCUCUUCCAAAUGACCAGUUCCAGGAGCAGGUCCUGGGUCUGCUGGUGGACAUCAGACAGUCAGUGUGGGAUCUAGGAGGAAGGGUGGGAGUUCUAGAACACUGGGGUGGUUCUAGGGGUUCUGGAACAGAUUUCCAUUUUGACGUGUGCAGAACCUACGAGGACAUGGCCAACCUGGAGAAAGUUCUAGAGCCUCCUGAGGUAGCUGCCCAGAUGAAACAGUUCCUGAGCAGGAUCGGUGGGAACACCUUGAGGGAAAAUGUCACCAGGGUGAUGGAGAGGCUGAUGACCAAUGAACUGAUGAGUACCUUCAACAUGAAAGGAAGGAAAGGAACCAAGAAGAGUUUUCUCACACACUCCCUCAGUAAAAUCAUUAUUGACAGCAUCAUGAUCACCCACCCGUACGCCACAGAGUCUGCUGUGAUGCACCUGAUGGCCAACGUACUGAAGUACGCCCCAGACCGACGCGGAGGAGGAGGCAGACCCCCCAGACAGUCACCCCAGGUCCCCCAUACCCAGAGACAGCAACACAUCCAACAACACAUCAACAUCAAACAGGAGCAAGACUAUUAAUGCCUGGACACCUUCCUUCUAGCCUGCGUACCAGUCUGUUUGUGCUAUUAUUGUCAUGCCAAGGAGUGGGAUGAUAGCACAGACUGGUACCCAGGCUACCUUCCUACUCUACCUGGGUCAUAUUCACUAGUAGUCACCAAACCAUUGUUAAUUUCGUCAACAAAAAUAGUGACUAAAAUAUUCAGCAAGCACCUAUUUUUCAGUGGCAAUUGACAAGACUAUAACUGAAUAAAUAGACCCAGAAAAAGAACUAGAAAUAAACUAAAAUUAUAUUUCAUUCCAGUUGACUAAAACUGGACGAGAAUAAAUGAUCUGACUAAAAUCAGAUAAGUGGACUGGACAAUAGUUUUUGGAGAGAUUGAGAGCUUUUCUGUGAUAAGCACAAUUAAUAUUAGCAGUGGGAAGGACUUGCCACAUCACCUGGUGAGCUGGGGGGGGAGCAAGCAAUGAGUGUGGACAGACCAGCUCCACUCUGCCUUCGAUUAUACACAUCGCUCAGGCGACUCUCUUGCUUCCUCGUAGCUAACCAGUCACCACCAGCCUUCUGGUUAGCUACGCUUUGUCUGGUUAAGAAUCACAAGCUGCUUUAUGAAAUGAAAAACAAUAGCAGCGUUGAGUUUAAUAGUAAAACAACAGUCUAGCUCCCUUGAGUUUAGAAAAGUAGGCUGUCUUUGGUAUUUGUAGUCUCGCUCAACCCUCCCACUUUCCCCACUGCAUUUCAUAGCCAGGUUCUGUAGCCAAGACUCCCUCUUUUCCUCAGAGAAAAUGGCUUGAGAGAUUACCUUUCAAAAUAUAUGACUCAUAAUACUUGGACCAGGACUCGAGCACUGGGUCUCGGGUGUUCAGCCAUAGGGACUCGAACUUGAGCACAGAGGACUUGGGACUCGAUUGGGAUUUGAGGUUUAAUGACUUGACUACAUCACUGGGUGAAAUGGUCAUUAAAGCGGAACUACUUCCUGACAUCAGUGUGGCAUCUGGGAAAUGGUGAGAACAAUGAUGUGACGGAGAUGCAACCCACACUACUGUGUCAAUACGUGAUAGUACCUCGCCUCCUCCCACCAUCCCUCCCUGCGCUUGUGUCUGUUUGUUUUUUAUGUAAUGUGUAAUAUCUAUGUAGGCUGAAUUAGGAAUUUAUAUGGCCCGUUAAUACUUAAAUAUGUUUAUCAUAUUUCUGCUGCUGGGAAGACAAUAGGAUGUUAUGCAGAAAAAUGUUUGUAGGACAAGGCUAUGUAUGUUUAUGCACAUGGGAGUCUGAUUUAUGUUUACUAUGUGUUAAUGAGGCAAUACAAAUGUGAUGUGACUAAAGGGCAUUUAGUUGACGAGAAAAACUAUACUAAAUCAUUAUUCAAAUAACAAAAAUGUGAGGGAGACUUAAUUAUAAUUUAGUCAAACUGACUAAGAUUAGUCUAAAUCUAAAAAAUAGUGCCAAAAUUAAUACUGUACCAAACGGACUGAAACAGGUACUGCCUGGUCCCAGAUCAGUUUGUGUUCUUGACAAGCCCAUUGCUAUCAUUGUCAAGCCAAACAUGAUAAUUGCAUAAGAAGAUUGCAAGAGAGCAGACACAGACUGGCAUUGCAUCCAGGCUAACGCCUACUGUACUGUAGGCCUACCUGAUGUACCCUCAGCCACCUUCUGCUUUAAUGUUUCACAUAUAUUAUACAUGCACUGUAUCAUCCUUAUUUGCCUUUUUGAAUUUAAUAUUGAAUUUAGGAUUAAUUUAAUCGGUUUUUAAGUUAUGAAAAUUAAUUUUUGGAAUGAAUGAUUGGAAGUAGUAUUUUAUAAUGUACAAAGCCUUGACUUCUGGUUCUAAAUAAAAUGCAUGCCUUGAGUUA